AACCUGAGGGCCACAAGUUAGCUACAAUUAUGAGUUCUCACAUAUGUUGUUAGUUGCUCAAGAAAAAAAUUCAUGAGUAGAAUUAAGUUUGGAUGGUCAACCGUGAAGCUCACUGGGUGACCUUUCACAAGUCACUAUAUUAUCAGCCCAGUCACAAUCCAAUUGUGCCCCAAGAAACAAUGAGGCUGCUAGCAAUCAAACUGAGGACACUAUGGCCACAUUCAGGUGCAGCACGGAGCCAUAGGCUAUGGCUAAGCAAAUUAUGUUGUGUACAAGCUAUGUGCUGGUGCUUGCAGCUCAAAGUCUCCCACAUUGCACUUCUUUUCCUCCAGUGAGCAAACAAACCACAGAGUGGCUAGUGUAACUACAUCUGACCCAACACUUGUGGUUUGUUUAGCUCCAAGCAAACCACAAUCUAAAGCCAAAUCUCAACUGUAACUUGUUUGGGAGAAACCAUUCCUGGGACAGCCACUAAUGCUAAGCCAGCCACUACAUGGUUUGUUUGCUCACUGGAGGAAUGAACAAAAUGGAAGCUGUAUGCACAGGCUCUUUUGCUUAACCAGGGGUUAUGGCUUGAUGUUACAUACACAGUGAAACAGUGCAUUCCAAAACUCAUGGGCAUGUGUGAACAGCAUGCUCGCUAGUAACAACUUCACUAACUGCACAUUUAUUUUGGCAGGCUGUUUCUUCACAUAGCUCAGCUGGAUCAAUGCACUGACUAACCAACUAACACAUGAACCAGAAAGUCCUUGGGAGUGUGGACUACAGCCUAGAGCAGGGAUAGCCAGUAUGGUGCUCUCCAGUUGUUGUUGGGCUGUAACUCCCAACAUCCCUGACCAUUGACCAUACUGGUUAAGACUGGCUGAGGUGAAUUCGACAAUUUCCAGAGCAUACUAUGUGGGUUGUACAAAUACUAAAUACUAAUUACUAAUUGCUUGGCUCAGUGGUAUUCCACUUUUAUCAACCAUUUCAGCUUUGCUAGCUGGUUAAGGAAACUCUUCAAGAAAGUGUCAGAAACAAUGAACAAAUGCAAUACUUAAAGAGCCUAUUUAGAACAUACGUGUGAUGCCCAGAGCAAGAAAAAAUAAAUAAAACACUGUAUGCACAUUUACCCCCCCCCUUUCCAAAUAUUUCCCUCCAUCAACAGGAAAUAAAGCAGUCACAUUCUCUUACAUUGCACAUGCAAAGCACUGCUACAGCACAAAGAUUUAAUGAUAUUGGAGACCGGUUAUGCAGCUCUUACUCAUAAACCACAUCCAUCGAUUCUCAGAAAAGGUCUGUCUUCUGGCUGGAUCUUCAAUCGCUAAGGAUCAUCACUCACCAAAACCCCAGUCUCUCUGUGGGCCUACAAACCCUUUGACUUCAGAAUGGGGCAGCUGCAACUUUCUGCAAUAAUUUUUAUAACUUCAUAUUUUUAUGAGGGUAGAUGAUUCAUUCAGCCGAUAUACCCCAAUCAUAUUCUUGUUUGAGCUUGAAAAAGUAAGAACAUUUAUAUUGCUGAGGUAGUAUAAAAUGCUGAAAACACAAGACACUACACAAUGAGACUAUGUAUUGAAUUGGUCUCUGAGAAGAACAACCUUGAAUCAUCAAAAUAAUCUUUAUGUCUGCAGUGGGACAACUGAUUUCAAACCAAUUUCAUUUCUGAGUGGAAUUGUCCAUUUUGUUCCAGUAGUGCUAAAUAUGCAUGUGUUUAGUAGCAGGAUUUCAAUUGUUCUGACAGAUUACAGUUGAAUUGCAUCUAGGGGUGUGCAUAUGUUUUGUGAUGAAUGGAAAACUAAACAACUAGUGGUCCAGAUCACAUUUAUCCCAAUGCUCAGAGGAUGAAACAUGGAAGAAUGGAAGCACUGUUAAAGGUUUUCAGUGGGUGGGGAUUACAUGUUUUUGCUGGCAGCAGAGCAGAAAGCAGUAGCUGCUCUUGGCAGCCUCCCAUCUCCCCAGAAGCUUCCAACACAGGGUAAUUCUGGGAUACCUGGGAAGAUAAAAUGGCAUCAGCUGCAGCAAUUACGGUAUCACAUUUUCCAUUGGUAGCUACUAAUUUUUGCUGAAAAUGCAACAGAAUGAUGUUGCAUGAUGACAUCUGAGGGGUUAGGUGGUAGCUUCCAAUAUCUGCUCUAGUGUAGCAAUGGACAAAAUAAAUAGAUUUAAAAGGGGGGAGGGGAAAUUUCAAUGGAGAUUUGAAACUAUACUGAAUAACAAAAUGAGCACAUGAAGGAAACGCAAAACAAAUGCAAUUUCAAUGAAAGAAACAUGAGAUGAAGAAAGCUUUUACAUACAAAAUCAAAUGCAACCCCCCCCCCAAACAAACACAAGAGCUGUUGCACACACAGCUGUGCUAAGGGUUGGUGAGAUAAAAUAUAAUCUUUACAUGAAUCUGGAUGUGAAUUAACAAGGGACCUUUAAAGUAGAGGAAUCCAGCAGAACAAUUUAUGUUCCUGUUUGAAUCCUGAGAGAGUCCUCUGAACAGCAACUGCAGAAUAUUUGAAAUAUUAAGUGUCCAGAAAAAAGUUAGAAUUCAUUUUCAUUUCUCCAUCUUUGCUUUUUAAAAAAGCUUCUCUACCACAGAACAGCAUGCAGGAUCUUGCCACUGAUGUGGGAGUAUAACCACCAUGAGAUAUAGAGGAUAUACAGUAGAUAUAUACUAGAUCUAUAAAAGCAAACUCAUGCAGGUGGGGAUAUCUGCAAAAGAAGUCUGUUGCAAAGUUAAUCCCAGGAGCUCUAUAUUUGCUUAGGCCUUGUGACAACAUCUUGUUUUUUGACUUGUUGAAUUGCUGGCCUCUUCCCCACCCCCACCCUGUGUAGUUGCACUCUGUCCAUACCUCUCCCCAAAGUAUUUUAUAUCCAGAAUCUGGCUGUUAUAUGAUUUAGCUUCAGAAUUUGGAUCCUUUUCCUUAUCUGGAAAUUGCAUCCAGAUUUCAUCACAGUCCCAUGAAAAUAAAGCACCCACGUUCUGGUGCUGCAUUUGCAAAAAAUGUUUUUAAAGCAGAAAGGCCGUGGUGUUGAGAACAUAGUUUUGCAAAUGUUACUGGCACACACUGACUUUAAUUACUUUAAUUAAUGGCCAGUAGAAUGAUUUAAAGAAGCAAGUCUUACAGGAGUAGUUUUAUCUUGUUUUAUGACUAAUACUACAUCCCCUUUAGGGUAGAGAUGACACACUUGUAUGCAAACAUUUCAUUCAACAUUAGCUUACGACAAAAACUACAAUAAACUGCUAAGCAAGGGAAAUCAUAGCAAAGAUGAAAUGUGAAAGCUUUUGAAAACUGGGGAAGGCCACAAUUUAUAAACUUUAAAUUGGCCAGUGGCCCAUACCAAAAAUGCAGUUGUGCAUGCUUUGACACUCUGUCACAACACAGGUAUAAAUAUUUUACCUUACACCAAUGCAUGUGCUUGUAUUCUCUCAGGUGUGCUUUUAAGCAGCUGAAGGCUCAAACGCACAACACAACACAAACUCUCAUGCACACAACACGCACACACACUUCCAUGUUCAACAAGGCGCAACAGAAUGGAGAUGAAAGUUUCUAUUCCUUGACUACAGAUGUGCAAAAAUACCACAGAAAGCAUAGAGCAUCUUGCCCAUCUCUUCCUCGUGUCAUCUAUGUGUGGGAAAGCCAUGGACAGAUUCUGUGGGAGAACAUGAGUACUAUGAAUAUGCACUCGAGAGCUUACUUGUUGCUGGAAAGAGAGUUUAUACAACAUGAAGAAGCCAAGAUAUUUGGCAUUACUGUUGCUCCUGUGGGAGACAGCUUGAUGGAAUGGGUAGCUGAAAUUGAAGGCCUGAAGGAUACCUUAUGGGAAGGAGCUGAACUCCAACUAUCAUUAAGGUACACUGAAGAGUACAACAGAGUCCCUCCAAGCGUCACUUUCAACACUAUUCCGUUCCAUCCCAAUGUGGACCCAAAGACUGGAAGACCUUGUUUGGAUUUUCUAGAUGAUCCUACCAAGUGGGACACCAAACUUACAAUGACUGGUAUCCUACUUUGUAUCCAGGUUUUGCUGUCUAUUCCAGUUUUGAAAAAUCCAGUGAACUUGGAGGCAGCUAAUUUGCUGAAGAACAAUUAUCCCCUGUAUAGGAAAAAAGUUAUACAGUGUGUCAGAACUAGCCAGCACCUAGAUGCUAUCAGUUUGGAAAGAUCUCUCAGCACAUUCAGGCGUCCCCAGGAAGAUGAAGAAUAUGGCCAAGAAAGAUAUGUUACAUCCAUAUCGUAUGAAGAAUAUUACUGGACAUGGGAUAAAUUGGCCACAUCAAAAGCUGCAGAAGAGUUUAAAAGUCCAGUGUUUGAAGACCCAAACUUCAUAGGAAACCGCUAUGGAUGGAGGGCAGAAAAUGUGGACAAAGGACAAUGGGAUAGUCUUACGCAUCGAUUGUUAAUCUCUGAGUUUAUCAAAAACCAAAAGAGAGAAAGAUUGGUAGAAAGCAAGAAAAGUUAUCAUACUCUGCUAAGCCCAUCUCCAGCAUCUGGAUCCCAGAGUACUUCUGGAAGAGAGUCUAAGAACAGGAGCCAGGAUGAGGAGCAAUGGGAGAAGGAAGCGGAAGAUCUAGUAAUGUGGUCUGCAAGUCUUGAGAACAUGAAAUUGGAUUAAACUACGAUCACUAAUGUAAUCAAGCAGGUCAAGAACAUAACUGAGGAUAUCCAUGCUUCUUCCACUGUACCCUUGUCAACAUAUUUCCUUAUCUAAUAAUGACUUACUAGCUAUUCCUGACCCUACUAUUGGUUAGAAAAUAUAAUUUCUCUUACUA